AUGAUUGAGGGGUGUUUGAAGCACAAAGCGUGCCGGCCCGCGCCGCGCCCGACGGCCCGACGGCCAAGACAGGCCAGCCAGCCUGCCAGCCUGGUCGAUGGUCAACAGCCCAUGGGAACCGGAAGAACCGAAGCGAACGAGCAAGAACACAACCCAAGCUUAAAGACUCAUCCCGAUUCCCGACGAAACAGAGGACCAUCAACAAACCUGCAACACAUCCUCAUCCAACUGGCCGUUGCGCUUGACGAUCGAUUGGAUGCACAACAACGGCAAGACAACCAAGAAACUAAAACCAGUCUCCAAGCCCAGUCGGAUCCUACCCUCCUGAAGUCAAACAUCCGCAGGAACUCGAUGAGCCCCUAUCCGCAACCUCUGCCUGGGCCUUCAACAUCGAACAGGAAGAAAGAAGCCGUCAAGUUCAGCACCCUCGACCAUCCGCCUCGGGCAAAUCUUCUUCCUCCAGCCGCUCUACUCUCCCUUCUCUGUCUGGCCUUCCUCUGCUUGCUCUUCGUCUGUUUUCGGCAUACUGAAUGGAUCGUUAAAGCGAGGAAAAAAGUCUGGACGCUGCUCCAAGAACAAGCCAAUAAGCUAUCAGAUCAGUUCGAAGAAUUCAAAUUCAACCGACAACGAAGGAUCAAGCUGCUUGAUGAUGAUGAUGAUGAUGGCCAAGAAGAAGGAGAAGGCAGAGCGCCGACGAUGGGUUCAGGCGGUGGAUCAAGACUAUCCUCGAAUCUGCAAUCACUUAAUCUAUCCCAUCACCAUCGCGAAUCGGCAAUCGAUCCAUUGACACUCACUGAGCUAGACGAAGAGGAGGAAGACGAGGAUAAUGAAGUGUUGCCUCAAGUGCUCUAUUCUAAAUAA